AUGUUAGAGGCCAAAGUUGAGCACAGUAGUCAAUGUACUUCUGAUAGAUUCGGGACGAUAGAGUGUAUCGGCGAGGCGGGAGAGGCGAAACAUGUGAGUUUUUGUUUGAGUAUACCGAAAAGUAUGGCUACUGAUGACAUGGAGCUUCAAAUGCAGUAG